GAGGCUAUUAUUUUGAUCACUUACACAAUAAAAUAACGUGUAUUGCGCGUUAAUAGAAUGCAUAAGUAAAGAAUAAUGAAGACAACAUUGUCCUCAUAAUCAGUCAGCUGCUGCCAUUUUAGUAAUAAGCGAUUUGUCUCAGUAAUUCAUCCAUCUGAAAAAAACGUCCACUGGCCAACACUUUAAUUACUCCUAUUGAUUGAUCGUGUAAAAUCACAACAAUGCAGCAACAUAGCCCUGGUGGUUCCCCCCUUAUAAGAAAGCUGGCGGAGUGAAUUGGGUGUAGCUGUGUCUGUGUGCGCCCUGGCCAAUGGAACCAGAUCCUCCCUGCAGUGCGUAAGAGCGCGGUUUAGGAUUUAACCAAGUCUUUGCUGCGGGGCUGGCUACAGUCUUCACCAGAGCCCGACGGCCUGAGAGCCUUUCAACAAUGCCAGUCUAGUCUCCACGCUGCUUUGGAUCACACUGCGUCGUCUCUUUUUUGGUGCUAAUACAAUAAAAGCGACAAAAAUACCCACGCGUUUUCCUUCGAAUUAUGACUGGAGUAUUCGAUCGGAGGAUCCCGAGUGUGAAACCUGCAGACUUCCAGAGCUCCUUUCAACUCUCAACCGCCAUGCACCACCCGUCUCAGGAAUCUCCUACUUUACCGGAGUCCACAGCCACAGAUUCCGGCUACUACAGUCCCGCCGGUGGAGUCUCUCACGGCUACUGCUCACCGAGCUCCACCUCGUACGGGAAGCCUCUCAAUGCCUACCAGUACCAGUACCCGGGUGUCAACGCGUCCGCUGGAAAUUACUCGACAAAAUCCUACACCGAUUACAGCUCGUACACGACCCCCGCCUACCAUCAGUACACUGGGGCUUACAGCAGAGUGCAAGCCCAGCCAAGUCCACAAGAAAAAGAGAUAAGCGAGCCUGAGGUGAGGAUGGUGAACGGCAAGCCGAAAAAAGUGAGGAAGCCUCGCACAAUCUACUCCAGCUUCCAGCUGGCCGCUCUGCAGAGGCGCUUCCAGAACACACAGUACCUGGCGCUGCCGGAGAGAGCCGAGCUGGCUGCAUCACUGGGACUCACGCAAACACAGGUGAAGAUCUGGUUCCAGAACAGGAGAUCAAAAAUGAAGAAGCUCAUUAAAAACGGGGAGCAUCUACCGGAGCACAGCCCCAGCUCCAGCGACCCCAUGGCGUGCAACUCUCCACAGUCCCCGGCCGUGUGGGACACACAGGGCCCGUCCAGGCCGCAUAGCCUACAGCCACAGAACAUCAACACGACCGCGUCUAACUUUUUGGAAAACUCGGGGUCGUGGUACACCCCAGCCGGAAGCUCCAUGACCUCCCACCUGCAGAGUCCUAACUCGAUACAGCACUCACUGGCUCUUGGAGCGGGGACGUUAUAUUGAAAAAACCCUGUUGUUCAUUUCAAACCUCCUUCAUUUUUUUCUCUCUCCUUCUAUGGACUCGUGUUCACAUUUCAGAGGAAUAUGCAAAUGUAUUUGAUGACAGUCAUAGAAGAAACGUGUAAAAUGUGUAAAUGUGUGCAUGUAAUUUAUUGCAUUUUUUGGAAGACUAUUAAACGUUUAAAUGGACAAUGGAACUUGGAAAA